CUUGCAGGUCUACUACCUAAUUCUAUAAAAAGCUUGAAAAUCUGUAUACAAAGCUUUGAUGUUCUUGAUGAUUGCAUCUAACUUUUCUCUUUUUCAUAGCGUUGCUAUUUUUUGUCCGAUUUCGCGUUCUGUGCGAAUUGAAGAAAAAGGGGAAGACAAAAUGGCAGGUUUUGGUGUGCCUCUGGUAGCCGCCAUCGGAGUUUACUGUUGUCUCCAUCCAAAUACUUUGGAAAUUCGACCGCGUUCUAACAGCAAAACAAAGGAAUUCGGUGCGGAUGAAGAGAGGGCGUCAAGAAAGAACAGGGGAAGACUGGUGUUUGCUCCUGAAUUUGACGGCUUACAUUGCUAUGAAAAUUUAAUUUAUGCGCGUUCUCUGAGAGUUGUGGAAAAAGGGGAAGACAAAAUAGCAGGUUUUGGUGUGCCUCCGGUGGCGGCCGCAACAGUGGCCAUCAGAGUUUACUGCCGCCUCCCUCCACAUAGUUUGAAAAAUCGAGGAAAUUAUAACAGCGAAACAAAGGAAUUAAGCGCGGAUGAACAAAGGUCGUCAAGAAAGAGCAGAGGAGGACUAGUGUUCGGUCCUCAAUUUGACGGUUUAAAUUUCUAUGAAAAUUAUGAUGUCUGGUUGAACCAAUUUUGAAUCUUUCUCCUUUUACUAUUCUUGCCUCAAAGAUUCUUUCGUUGGUUGCAUGAGGACACUAUUCUAUACAGUUACUUCAUUUUUCUUCCCUGUUUCAAGUGUUCAAUUUCGAAGUUAUAAUUAUAUUGGGAGUUAGUGCUACAGUAUUAAUAAUUGGUGUAAGAAGCCGGUGAUCAUUGCAAUAAUCAGGUAUUGCACAGUAGAUCAACAAUAAAGCAUAAUAACUGGCGUUUUUAAUGAUUCUGUAUCAGUAAUAUUCUUGUGCAGGAAUAUAUAAAACACCAUUGUAAAUGUAAGGAUUUUGGUUGAUGAAGAUUAUUUCGAGAA